AUGGGUAUUCUUGAAAAAAUUGCCGAUAUUGAAAGGGAAAUAGCAAGAACACAAAAAAAUAAGGCAACUGAAUACCAUUUGGGUUUACUUAAAGCGAAAUUAGCAAAAUUUCGUCAAGCAUUAAUGGAAGGCGAUGCUAAGAGUGGUGCUGGAAAGGGUGAAGGUUUUGAUGUUGUUAAAUCUGGUGAUGCACGUAUUGCUCUUAUUGGUUUUCCAUCAGUUGGUAAAAGUACAUUGUUAAGUACAGUUACACGUACGGCAUCAACUGCUGCUUCAUAUGAAUUUACAACUUUAACUUGUAUUCCCGGUGUCAUCGAAUAUAAUGGUGCUGAAAUUCAAUUACUUGAUUUACCUGGUAUUAUUGAAGGAGCCGCUCAAGGCAAAGGUCGAGGUCGUCAAGUUAUUGCCGUCGCACGUACCGCUGACAUGGUCUUAAUGAUGUUAGACGCUACAAAAGGUGAAAAACAAAGAGAAAUUCUUGAAGAAGAACUUGAAAGUGUUGGUAUUCGAUUGAAUCGAGCAAAACCAGAAAUAUAUUUUAAGCCAAAAAAAACUGGUGGAAUUAAUAUAACAAGUACAGUACCAAUGACAAAAUGUUCGGAAAAAUUGAUUAAUUUAAUUCUUCAUGAAUAUAAAAUAUUCAAUGCUCAAGUUCUCUUUCGAGAUGAUUAUACAAGUGAUGAAUUUAUUGAUGUUGUUGUUGGACGACGUGUUUAUAUGCCAUGUCUUUAUGUUUAUAAUAAAAUUGAUCAGGUAUCAAUUGAAGAAGUUGAUCGACUUGCUCAUUUACCGAAUUCAAUCGUAAUCAGUUGUAACAUGAAAUUAAAUAUAGAUUUUAUGCUUGAAAGUAUAUGGGGUUUAUUAAAUUUAAUCCGUGUUUAUACAAAAAAACGUGGUGAAAAACCUGAUUUUGAAGGAGGUUUAAUUGUUAGAUCUGGAACAACUAUUGAACAUGUCUGUCGUAUGGUUCAUCGAACAAUGGUUGAUCAAUUUAAAUAUGCACUUGUUUGGGGUGUCUCGGUGAAAUUUUCACCACAACGUGUUGGUCUUGGACAUGUUUUAUUGAAUGAUGAUGUUAUUUGUUUAGUGAAAAAAUAA